UGAACUGAAAUGGAGCUGAAUAGAGGUGCCCUGGGUGGAGGGCACGGCUACGGGGAGCCGGACGGGAUGCAGAUGCGCCGCCGGGAGUGGCUUCUAGAGGCGCAGCUACACGAGCUGCUGUUCCCGUCAACGUCACCGUCUCCGACCAGCGGCGUCGGCGCGUCGUGGUCGUCCGAAUUGUGUGGCUCUGGCGAGCAAGGAAGCUCGCCGGUGAUGGUUCCAGCGUCCUGCCGUGGCGGCGGGAAAAGGCGGAGCAGAAGUAGCAAGAGAGACCGGGUGGUGGGCCGACUGCACCAGGCGGAGCAAGAGCAGCCCGGUGGUUGGUUGACGGCGAUAAAGGCUACUUGUUGCCGCAAGAAGAACCAAGGGAAGACGACGACGUUUGUCACUACGGUGCCUGGUUUCGACGGCUACCAGUGGAGAAAGUACGGCCAGAAGCAAAUCGAAGCCGCCCAAUACUCGAGGAGUUACUACCGGUGGACCCACAGCACGGACAAAGUCUGCCUGGCCAAAAGGAUGGUGCAACGCAAUAAUGACAGUGACGGCGACAGUGGACCGUCUAGGUACACGGUGGUGUGCAUCUCGGAGCACAACUGCAUGGUGACCGAGGUGGCGGCGGGGCCGACUAUCCUCGAGACUAGCACAAAUACCAUAGCUGCUCCAAGCAUCGCCGCCUUCUUUCCUAGCAGCUCUAGUACUGCCAUCAGUACCGGCACUCGGUCGCUGGCGAGCUCGGAUACCACAUGGAGCGGUAGCACCAUCGUUGGCGCGAAUCCGACGCCCAACGUGUGCCCCGACUCUUGCAGCAUGUUUGCUAUCGAUGGCGACUACUGGGAGGAAAACCCGUUGCUCCAGGAUAUAUAUGGACUUCGCCGGGCCAAUCAUGUCGCCGGCGGCAGCGGAUGGAUGUUGGAUUCAUGA